AUGAAUGAUUCAGGUGGAUCUGAACAGAAUGGCUUGGGACUUAUCACCGUUCCGAAAGACGAACCUGAGGCUUCGGAGGGAAGGAAUGCGGAUGAACUCAUCGCCCAAUUGAUGCAACAAAUGGCCAACAUGCAAAGUGAAACUAAGCGAUUUCGAAAUCUCACCAACUUGUCCAUUACCUUCAACACUCCUUCUCAUGAACAGAGAACAAGUGCGACAAUCCCACUAUCCUUUUCGCCUGUUGACUCGCCUGCACCUCAACCAUUUCCUUCAAACCCUCUACUACGCACAAUCAAUCCAAGCACUACUAAUUCGUCCCCCAUCCCACAACAAACCAUCUCACAACACUCUAAUCCACAACAAGCCAUCCCACAACCAACUAACCUACAACAAGCCAUCCCGCAACAAAAUAACCCGCAGCAAGCCAACCCACAACAAUUUAACUUUCAACAAGCCAAUCCGUUACCCUUCACUACUCCAUAUGUUCCUCAGCCUUCAGUUGUCCAAACUAUCCCACUCAACCAGACCACUCUACCUACCCAAAGCUACCAAGCAACCCAACACGUACCGUUAGCACACGUCGAUAACUAUAACAUGCAGUAUGUGCCACCAGUAUAUGUAGCGGAAGCUCAACCUUUCACUACCCCAUUACAAACCAUGCCACAUCCAGAAGUCGAUCCUUAUGAGGAGAUAUAA